AUGGCAGGUGGAAGCGUGGCUGCAGCACAUGAUGAUACACCAGGUGAAGUUCAGUCUUGCUGGCUUUGUACUGAUGUCAGCAUAGCCACAGCAGUGCAGGUAGUUGCGGUUCCCAAAGACAAGGACAGGCAAUGCUUUAAACUCCGCCAAGGAAUUGACAAGAAGAUAGUGAUUUAUGUCCAACAGACAACUAAUAAAGAACUUGCUAUUGAGAGAUGUUUUGGCCUUCUCCUUAGCCGUGGGAAAGAUGUUCGGAGUGGUGACAUGCACCUUUUAGAUCUGGAGUCCAUGGGUAAAAGUUCUGAUGGGAAAUCUUAUGUGAUCACUGGGAGCUGGAAUCAAAAAUCUCCACACUUCCAGUUUGUAAAUGAAGAAACACCAAAAGAUAAAGUAUUGUUCAUGACUACCGCUGUGGAUUUGGUAAUAACUGAGGUUCAGGAACCUGUUCGAUUCAUUCUGGAGACUAAAGUCAGAGUUUGUUCACCUAAUGAGAGGUUGUUCUGGCCCUUCAGCAAACGUAGCUCUACUGAAAAUUUUUUCCUAAAAUUGAAACAGAUAAAGCAAAAGGACAGAAAGAAUAACUCAGACACGUUAUAUGAAGUUGUGUGCCUAGAAAGUGAAUCAGAAAGGGAGAGAAGAAAAACGACAGCAAGCCCCUCUCUUCGUCUGCCCCAGUCUGGGUCACAGGGCUCAAUGAUUCCUUCUCCUCCAGAGGAUGAUGAAGAGGAAGACAAUGAUGAACCACUCUUAAGUGGUUCUGGAGAUGUUUCCAAAGAGUGCGCAGAAAAAAUUCUUGAGACGUGGGGAGAGCUGCUGUCCAAAUGGUAA